AUGGAGACAUCAGGAGUCUCGCUAGCAAUGCUAGCAGAGUUCAAUUGCCCCAUCUGCUUGACCUGCAUGAGAGAGCCUAUCACCAUUGAGUGUGGGCACAACUUCUGCCAGUCCUGCCUCCAAAAGCGCUGGAAGGAUCCUCCAGACAGUUCAUCUUGCGCUGUGUGCCGGCACCUAUGUCAGAAGGGACACUGGAUUACCAACAGGAAGCUGGCAAGAAUGAUUGGCAACACUCAGUUCAUCCAAACAAGCAGCAAUGAAGUGAGGCAGCAAGAAGAGAACCUGUGUGAGAGGCACAACCAGGUGCUGAGUCUCUUCUGUGAGGAGGACCUGGAGGUGCUCUGUCCUGGCUGUGUUCAGGCCCAUGACCAAAAGGACCACCAUGUAAGGUCUCUGGAAGAGGCUGCUUCUUAUUACAGACACAAGGUAAAUGGUUCCACCACACUCUUGAUGGAACAUUUAGCGAAAUUAGAGGAAGUGGAAGAGAGGCAAUACAUAAUGUUCCAGGAAGUGAAAGACCAAAUAAGUAAACAGAAGUCAGAGUUAGCCUCUGACUUAGAGCAGUUGGCUGAACUUGUGGACAGCGAUAAAGAGGCAGCUGUCUCUAGAGUAACUCAAGAGAAAGACAACAAUCUGCAGAGAAUAGACAAGAAUAUCACUUAUUUUAAAGACUGCAUCUCCACCACUGAGGCUCUGUUCCAGGAGGUUUCAAAGAGGAGUGUGAUGCCAGACAUGAACAUUCUGAGUGAUGCCAAGAGGAUUCAUCACCAGUGUGCGAGCCUGGAGGUCCCAAUUGUGUGCUCCUUCCAGAUAAGGAGGGAGAGGUGCAGUUUCCCUCCACAGAUUUCAGCUCUGGAGAAGAUUGAACAGAAAUUCAGAGCAGAGUUCUGGGUUCUGAAGAAUUCCAUGCUGGCGGCCAUUACUGGGAGGUGCAGGUGA